AAGCGAAGCGUAUCGAUCCAGCAAUAAAAGCAAAAAAAUGCACGAUAACAAAAACAAUAAUAUUUCAUAACAUUGCAUUGUGCUUAGCACGCGCAUUCCUGUGAAACCAACGCACCGUUGUUAUACUUUUUAUGGUUGUGCGUGCAGGCGUACGUGCGCAUAUUUUAUUCGCGACGUGUCCUGUGAGUAAGCAUACGCCACACAUACAAACAAAGCUGCACCGCUGUGCUGAAGCGUACACGAAUAUUAGCACGCUUUUGUUUCAUUAUUUUUUUUUUUAGAACUUUACCUGUGUUCACCGUCAACUAACGUGCAAGUACGCGUAAAACCAGUAACGCCGUAAAAGUGCCACAACAGCAAAAAAUGGAAAAACUGUUAUCGCUUUUCGAAAAUGCUGACCCAUUCAAAACCUGGUGGCCUACCAUUGCCGCGAUCGUUGUCGGUGUUGUUAUAAUGGUGCGCACACUGAUGAGCGGCCAACGCUGCCCCAAUGACAAUCAAAUACGCGAUCAAAUCGUCGUCGUGACAGGUGGAAAUAAUGGCAUUGGCUAUGAGAUUGCUAAAGCAUUGGCGGCGCGUGGUGGCCGCAUUGUGUUGGCCUGCCGCAAUAUGGCUGCUGCGGAACGCGCGGCAGCCGUUAUCAAACGUGAGCUUGUCUGCCAUCGCAUUGGCCCGAGUGCAGUGGAGUUCUUUGUGGAGGCGCGUUACCUAGACUUGCGUUCCUUUGAAAGUGUACAUCGUUUUGCACGCCGCAUCACCGGCGAAUUCGAGCGCAUUGAUGUGUUGAUAAACAAUGCGGGCAUUAUAUUCGGGCCGCUUGGCACGCGUACCAUCGAUGGCUUCGAGGAGCAUCUGCAGGUGAAUUAUCUAUCCCAUUUUUUGCUGACACAGCUGCUGUUGCCCCACUUGCGACGUUCGCCAAGUGGCGGACGAGUAGUAAAUUUGACGGCUCAUGCUCAUGCUGCGGCCAAAAUCGAUUUCGAUGAUCCGCUCAAUGUGGGCACGUGGGCGGUGAAUUUCCAUGCACGUGACGCCUUCGCUCACUCCAAGUUAGCGGUGAUGCUGGCAACGCGUUGGUUGGCGCGACAGCUGAAAGGCACUCCAUUGACGGUCAAUUGUUGCACACCUGGGCUUGUGCGUGGGACCGGCCAUUUACGCAAUUCCCCAUUAAUGUCCGCCAUUAGUGUAAAAUUGAUGACCUUCCCAUGGAUGUGGCUAUUCAUGAAGAAUCCAUUCGAAGGAGCACAAUGUGCAAUACGUCUAGCUACCGAUCCGAAACUUAAGAACGUGAGCGGCGAAUAUUUCAAUGAUUGCGAAAUAGCACAAUCGUCGUUGCAGGGCCGUGAUAUAGCUUUGGCGAAGAAAUUAUAUAUGCAGACAAUCAAAGAAUUGGAAAAGGUUACCAAAUUGAAUAUUGAAAAGGACAUUGGUGGUGAAACUUUAGCUCUGCAAAUGGAUCAGGCGCAAGCAGAAGACUCCAGCGAACGAAGAAAUCGUGAGACAAAGCAGAAAAAUGGAAAACAAAAAAAGCAAUAAUGGCGUGAGGAGCACCAAAGCGCGUGCUAUUAUGACUGCAAAGAGCUACUUAGGCACAUGAAAAUGGAAUCUACUAUACAUACUAUACUAAUUAUAAUAUUAUUCAUGAUUUAAAUAUAACGCAUGAAUAAUUACACAAAUAAUAAUAAAAUACUUCAGCAUGGUUCUGGCGGUAUUUCAAACAAAAAAUGUAA